GACGGUUUGAUUGCUCUAAAGUCUAAACCAUCACAUCUUUUUCUCUCUCGUCGCGUCUACAAAAUCCAUCCUUUGGGCUAAACCUCAUCUUCCCCCACGAAUCUAGUAGUUCCUUCUCUCUCUCUCUCUCUCUCUCUUUCGUCCGGUGGCUUGUUAACGAUGGCAAACAAUCAAGCAAGCCUUCUUCUUCAGAAACAACUUAAAGAUCUGUGCAAGAAGCCUGUUGAUGGUUUCUCAGCUGGCCUCGUUGAUGAGACUAACGUUUUCCAAUGGAGCGUCUCAAUUAUGGGUCCUCCUGAUACUUUGUAUGAAGGUGGUUUUUUUAAUGCAAUUAUGACGUUUCCAGAGAAUUAUCCAGUUAGUCCACCAACAGUGACGUUCACCUCAGAGAUGUGGCAUCCUAAUGUUUAUGCUGAUGGAAAAGUUUGCAUUUCUAUUCUUCAUCCUCCUGGUGAUGAUCCUAAUGGAUACGAGCUUGCCUCAGAACGUUGGACCCCUGUUCAUACGGUAGAAAGCAUUGUGUUGAGUAUCAUAUCGAUGCUCUCGGGUCCCAACGACGAGUCACCCGCGAAUGUGGAAGCAGCAAAGGAAUGGAGAGACAACAGAGCAGAGUUUAGGAAGAAAGUGAGUCGCUGUGUCAGAAGAUCGCAAGAGAUGCUGUGAACAUCUCUCUCUUGCGUUUUUUUCGUGUUGUAGAAAAUUUCUAUUCUAAUCUUAUGAGAGAGCGUAAGCAGAUCCAUCUUCAAGCAAGCAGCAAAUGAAUCUGACUGUCAAAAAGCAGCUCUUCUUUUCUUCUUUAUUUUUUUUCUUCUUUUCUUUUGGUUUUGGGUUUGGCUUUUAAGGUUUGGAAUAUUGUAGUGGAAUCAAAUCCACUCCAUAUAUUAGGAUUAUCGUUAAUGGAUUCGUUUUCACAUUCUCUUUUGAUAUUCAUUUGAUAUGGCUUUUCUUUUUUAACUUAAUUCUGGUUUUGGGGUAAUUCUGAAUUUUAUAACUUGUGGUA